CAGCUCCCUCCUGCUCCCCCAUCUGGCGACAAGGUCGCUGCAUAAAUCAACACCCAGCUACGAUGCCUCCUUCCCGAAUCCGAUCUAUAUGCUAUAUUAUUAUCACGUAUCUCUCUUCUCAGGUGUUGGGUGUGGUCAUCAUUUCUGGGGGCAAACUAUAGAGGUUGCUAUUUCUAUUGUGCUUCUAUCCCUGCUCUUAAUCCUCUUGUAUUGUUUUAGCCUGGUUUGUUGGAGUGCACAGCAUUGCAUUCGCAUGUUCAUUAUGUUGAUGGAGGGAAAAGAAUCUUCGACGCCGGCCUUGGGGUUUCCAAGGCUGGACUUUCUUGUAUAUUAACUUCCGAUAAAUGGUAUAAUGUGAUAUCAGUCUCCCACACAC